AUGGAUGAGUUACGCCAACUGCAUGAAGUUUAUCUAUCUCUGCUAGCUCAAAACCAACAGCUUACUUCGCGGCGGUUAAAUUACUUGUUCAAUCGCAACUCACCAUAUCUCAAUCGUAGGGCAACUCAGAUUGUGCUUGAAAGUGCACAUAGAGACGAUGAUAGAUACCUGCGUGCACUCCAAAGAGCCAUUCCUUAUGAUAUCAAGAGACAGGAGCGCAUAAACAUCGUUACGAGAAUACCAAGAUUCUUCAAAAAUAACGCUGCGUUGUGGCAAGUGGUUGCUAGAUAUGUUGCUUUUGUCAUCACCGAACCUGAUUUGAACCACUACGAACUAAACAAAUUUGAAUAUGCCCAGUUUUUGCUCUGUUUUCCUCGUUCCGCUUGCACCCAAAUACUCGAUGAAUUCAUUAAUGAUACGCACCGUAUAGCUGUUUUGGCUUAUUUGGAAUUACAUGUAAAGCCAACCUGGGGUCUUUAUGAAAUGCAACAAGUGAGCAACGCCUACGGAAUUAUAGCUAGUAGAGUUCCACCACAUGCAAUGGAGUGUUUCGUGCGUCUCAUAUUGCUCUCUGAAAACUAUUGCUACCACAGUAUGAUGGCUGCAUUGACGCCACAUGCAGAAAGUGGUCAACUAAGACUUGUAGAUGCCAUUGAUUACAUGAGAACAAAAUGUGUCCCUUGCUCGGAUAACAUCCGCAUCGGUACUGUCGAUGACGAUCUCAAAUUUUCUAUUGAAAUUCAGUUUGUGCUUGCUCUGUUAAAUAGAUUGAAUGUAUAUGGAGUUGACAGAGUGAUGAGACUUCUUCAAAAACAAGACCUCGUAGACAGUGAUGUUCUUCAAGAAGUCGCUAAAAGCCACAUCCGCGCACUGGAGACUACUACAGACAAUCAACCGGAGAGUCAUGCAAUGAUAUUUUUCUCCCGCCAGGCAGCGUUGACAAAGUAUGCUCCAGAAUACAAAGACAGAGUUCUUGAAAGAGUUCUGCGAUUUGGAGAAGAUAGACUAGAAGUCAUGAAUGACACUCAAUGCCGAGUCUUUUGUUCGAUUCUGUGCACUGUAAGUUAUCCAAAAAGGACAUCUCGAAAAGAAGGGAGCGAUGAACUUUUUGAGUUCUUGUUCAAUCGUUUGAUGGAAUCUUUGCCAAAACUGGGCACCAAUGAUAUGAGACAAGAGUUCAACAACAUGCAAACCAUCUUGUACUGCCUUCAUAGCUUAUUCUCUAUCGAUGAACGGCGCAAGGAAAUUAUGGAACGUCUUGACCCACUCUGGGCUCACAAAAUUUGCCAUGCCGUUGACUUGCACAUGGUCACAUCGUGCAACAUGAAGUAUGAUAUCACAAGAAGCACUAAUCGAGAUGAAUUGCAAAAGCUUAGACGCAAUCAAAGCAUUAUCAACAGCACUGGACAACUUCUCGUCUACAUGCUAGGACUGCUCCAAACAGAUAAAUUGCUCCUGGAUCUGCCACACACAAGCAGAAGAUCGUAUCACCGAGAUGAUACAUUCACCGAUUUGUUCACAAAAUCUCUUAACAUUGCUUUGACAAAAACUCAGACAACACCAGGAUCACCUGUUGGCUUUUUCCAUCGUAAAGCAUUUGGACUCGUCGAGCUGCAGUUUGAUGCGGAUGGAGAGAUCAUUCCAGAGGAUCCUACUAUAGACGGGGAAAAUAACAAUGAGAACGAUUCUGAUGACAGCGACUCGGAUGAUGAGGAUGAUGAGUCCGAUGAGGAGGAAGAGGACAUUGAAGAAAUUCCAGCUGAAAAUGAAGAAAAUGAAGGCGAAAUAGACUUGGAAGAUGAAGAUGACGAUGGUGACGCAUCAUCUGUUGCCUCAGAGUACACCAUUGGAUCAACUGACGAUGAAGAUGAUUUGGAAUGGGAACAAUUUGUGCGUGAUGGAGAAGCUGGUAUUCUUCAUUCUCAAUGGGAAGUGAGACGCCAAGAAAAUCUGCUCAUUGGAAAUGGACAUGAUAACACCGCUUUCUACGUGGGCGUCUCUUCAUUUGUUGUCUUCAUGGCUUCUGCUGUUUCCACCAUUCAGUCUUCGCUCGAUAUCAAUGACGAUUACAGACUCUUCUAA